AGUUUGAAGCCUGGCAACGCUGUAUGUACUAGGUUUAAAUUUCAAUAAAAGUGUUAAAUCAAGUGUUUUAAGUGUUAAUAAAUAAAUAUUACUACUUUUAAUUGUGCAAAAUGGAUACAAACGUUAAGGAAUGUCAAACUUGUAAAGAAGAAUCGCUGAAAACAACUUUUUGAGAAUUGGCCACCAUCUUGAUGAAACCCAAUUUCAGUUGACCAGCACGCCACUGAAAAAGAAUGCCCCCAAAAAGAAAACACAAGUGUAAACCUUAAGAAGAUCAAAAUCAAAAUUAAUUAAUAUUGCGAAAAUCUAACUAAAAAAUAAAUUAACAAUGACGAAGUUUACUUUAAACGAUUCAGAAAACAAUAUGGGAAGUCAGGUUACCUUAACUUCCUACAUCAAUGGCGAACAUCCUGAUGAACGACAUGUCAACCCCGCUUUUGCUGAAACUGAAUCCGACAGCUUAGAUAAGGAAAUUAGAAAAAAUAGUAGUUUAGGUGGUAGCACUAUUUUGUCCCUCCCGGAAGAAUCCUACUGGAAACACAGACCGUCGCAGUUUCUGGCCAAACCUACCAUAAAAGAAUGGGCCAAAGACAGAGUGAAAAAAGGCCUAACCAAGAAAAACCUAAAAAGAAAAGUUCCUAUUUUGUCUUGGCUACCACAGUACAACACCAGCUGUUUGGUGUCAGAUCUAGUUGCAGGAAUAACAGUUGGCCUCACUGUAAUUCCCCAGGCUAUAGCCUAUGCUACCGUUGCAGGACUGGAACCGCAAGUAGGUUUAUACUCAGCCUUUAUGGCAUGUUUUGUAUAUACAAUUUUAGGUAGUUGUAAGGUUGCCCCUAUAGGGCCGACUGCCAUUGCAGCCCUUUUAACUAGAGAAAAUAUACAUAAUUUAGGUACCUCAGGUGCUGUUUUACUCUGCUUUUUGAGCGGCUGUAUCGAACUAAUAAUGGGUAUAUUACAAUUAGGAUUUCUCAUAGAUUUUAUUUCGGGUCCUGUGUCGAUAGGAUUCACAUCAGCAGCCGCCAUCAUAAUAGCCACAACCCAAGUAAAAGAUGUGCUGGGUCUGGCCUAUCCCGGAGGAGAUUUUUUGCCCGUUUGGGAGCAAAUUUUCCAGCACAUUUCCGAGACUAGACCUUGGGACUGUUUACUGGGCUUUUCUUCCAUGUUUGUGCUACUAUUCUUAAGGACUUUCAAAGACACCAAGAUCGGACCAAAAGAUGAUAAUGAAAAGAGCUCGUUCCACAAAGCUGUCAAUUCAUUUAUUUGGUUGUUUUGUACCGCAAGAAACAUUAUUGUCGUUAUAGUGUCUGCAUGUUUGGCUUACUAUUUCGAUCAACAUGAAGAAAAACCAUUUAGAUUGAUUGGUUAUGUAAAACCUGGUCUUCCAACACUUCAACCGCCACCUUUUUCCACAACAGUUGGCAACAAAACCUAUUCCUUCACCGAAAUGACUACAACACUUGGAGGUGGAAUUAUUGUGGUGCCACUUUUGGCCAUCUUGGAAAAUAUCUCUUUGGCAAAAGUAUUCUCCGAAGGAAAUCGCGUAGAUGCCACACAGGAAAUGAUAGCGCUGGGAGCCUGCAACAUCGUAUCCUCCUUCGUAUCAUCCAUGCCCAUCACGGGAGGCCUGUCCAGAGGCGCGGUAAACCACGCUAGCGGUGUUAAAACCACAUUCGGAGGAAUAUACACGGGCCUCAUGGUCAUAUUGGCCUUGGUACUCCUCACUCCUUGUUUUGCUUACAUCCCCAAAGCUUCUCUUGCAGGAGUCAUCAUUGCUGCAGUGGUUUUCAUGGUGGAACUGCAUGUCAUAAAGCCCAUGUGGAGGACGAAGAAAUCUGAUGUAAUACCAGCCGUUGUCACAUUCGUAACCUGCCUUUUCUUGAGGUUGGAAAUAGGAAUCGUCAUCGGAAUUAGCAUCAACGUACUAUUUUUAUUGUAUGCUUCAGCUAGACCGACUGUUAGUGUGGAAAAAUACACGACACCAAGUGGACAUGACUACUUAAUGGUGACUCCAGACCGAAGCUUGGCCUUUCCAUCCGUGGAAUAUGUCAGAUCUUUGGUGUCAAAGGCUGGCGUGAAGCAGGGCUCCAGUUCUAUCCCUGUCGUACUGGAUGCAAAACAUAUACAGGGUGCUGAUUUUACGGCUGCCAAGGGGAUUAAAUCCUUGCUAGAGGACUUCCACAAAAGAAAACAACCGAUUUAUUUCUUUAACUUGAAGGACAGCGUUAUCAGGGUGUUCCAGGGUGUCCAACCUAAGGAUUUUACAUACUGUGACACGUUUACCGAGUUAAGUGAUUUACUGAAACAAUACUUUGAAGCUGAAGCUCCGACCAUAAAUGGCUCUGCUACUAUAAACGGUUCUAUAAGUAGUGUCAAUAAUAAUUAAUUAAAAAUAUGUGAUAAAUUAUAUUUUGUAGAGAAUAUAUAUAUGUAUAUGAAUGCAAUUUAAUUUAAUUCUCUUAGGUAAGCAUAAAUAAUUACUAUUUGAUGAUUUCAGUAAUCAUUUUAGAACGAAUUUGAAAGUAUUAUAGUUU